AUGUCAUAUAACUUUGAAUCAGAUAUGGACUCUCUCUGCGAAGCUUUUGCAAAGUUGACAAUGAGAGACACGUUUAGCGCCUUCUCGAGGCUCUCAGAUGAACUUCAAAUUAAGAUCUGGAAAGAGGCCAUCGCAGAGCCUGUUGUCCAUGAUGUGACUUGGUUGUUGUCCCACGAAACCGAGAUUAAGAUUCCUGAGGUACUUCUUGGUAUUAAUUGGCUGAGCCAUAAUGAAGCCAAGAAAGUCUACAAGAGAUUGACGCGCCUUGACUGUCCAGCGAUCUUCUUCAACACCCAGCAGGACUCGGUAUUGUUGAAAGACUCUGUCGACUUAUUUACAGCAGCGUUGUACACGGACACAACAGUUGUCAAUUCUGUCCAAUGCUCAGCCAGAAUUUGCGACGUUAGACCACCCUUGAUCGAUAUAGAGAAAUACUUGGAACAAGAUCAAGGUGAUUGGGUCGCUUUUCCAUUCUGUCAUCUGCAGACUUUCGUAGUCCAAGACCUGCAAUGUUCGCGAAAGCAUCGAUUGCAAGAUAUCACGGAGCAAAUGCUCUGUAAAGAAAGACUCAGGACAUUCUUUGUAAAGCAAAACUGUAAAUAUCCUAGAAUUAUGAUUCCCGAGAUCAUAAUCAGAGUUCCUCCACAAGGAGACGAGUUGUGCUACGAAUGCGAGGUGUUAGAUGAGUGGUUGGCCAUGGACCACGCAUCAAGAAUCCAUGCGAUUGUCAGCAUCAUUGAAGGAAACCAAUAA